CUAGCACGGUACCUAGUACCUACUGAUUAACGCGAUUCAAAUUUCUACUUUCCAUCAUUAGCUGACUACCUGCACGGUCAUAGCUUCCCAAGGCUAAGGGAAUCUCAACUUUUAAUCUUUCCUCAACGUUCCUAUCUUCUUUCUAACCUUUCUCAUCUUUUCAUCAUCCGCCAUUUCUGCAACACGAAUUUGAACGAUACAACCAUUCUAAUUCCACGACCUCCUACGAAUUACAACAAUUGAACAUCGCGCCUCGCAAUCUCUCUUCUCGCCCGUUGGGUGUAGGAUUGCACAUCUUUCCUUUCCAUCACGCGCCUCGCCAAUAUGAGUAACGCUAUGAGAGAUUUGAUCGUAGGGGAGGCUGAGUUGGAUGAUGAAGAAGAAGAUGAAUCAUUCGAUGAGGAGACCGGCGAAGCUCGCGAGAGAACUCGGACCCGGGAUCAGGACAUGGAUGAUUCGAGCGAGGAAGACGAUGACGAUGAUGAUGAAGAAGAAGCACGAAAGAUUCGUGAAGGCUUCAUUGUCGACGAAGAUGACGAAGACGAAGAUAUGGUCGAAGAUGAGGAUGAGCGUCGCAAGCGACGAAAGCGCAAGCGAAGACAAGAACGUGAAGAAGAGGCUCAGUUGGACGAAGAAGAUCUUGACCUAAUCGGCGAGAAUGCUCCUGAAUGGGAACGCAAGCAACCGUCGCAGGGCUACAAGAGGCUUAAGCGUGGCCACCGCGAUGAAGAUGCUCGUGGAAAUGAACGACGUGGUCUUGAUGAGAUAUUUUCCGAUGAAGAUGAUGAACCUGUUGACGAUCGACCAUACGCGCGCCCUAGUCACCGUGCCGCCGCCGACGAAUUCGCUGACUUCAUCAUAGAAGAUGACCCCGAGGAUGAAGACGAGCGUCAACGCCAGAUGGAAGAUAUGGAGGUUGCCCGUCCGCGAGACAAGGGUAUAGCUGGUCGGAUCGUUGACCGCGCCGGUCUUGAUAAGGACGCCCUUGAGGAUAUGGAAGCCAUCUUUGGAAACGGGGAAGACUACCAAUGGGCUUUAGAUGAGGAAGAGGAGGAAGACGAACGACAAAGAGAAGAGCAGACUCUCGAACUCAAGGAUGUCUUCGAGCCAUCACAAUUGGCAGAGAAACUCCUAACUGACGAGGACAAUGCCAUUCGUUUCACUGACGAGCCCGAGAGAUUCCAGCUCGACCGUAAGCCUUUCGAACAUUUUAGUAUCCAAGGCGAGCAGUUGAAGGAAGAGAUGCAGUGGAUCGCGGAUUUAAUGUGGCCGAAGAAGCAACUUUCUAGCGAUAUGCAUGGCCCUUUCCAGAAGUCCGUCGGCAAGGUGCUCGAAUACUUCGUCCUCGAGGGUCUCGAAGUACCCUACAUCUUCCAGCACCGCAAGGACUACCUUAUCGACGCCCGGAAGGUUAGGAAUCCUGAGCACCGCAAUGAUCCUGAAGCACCGGAGUACAUUAUCGAGGCUGAGAAGCUACUCACACAAGACGACCUCUGGCGCAUCCACGAGUUGGAUAUCAAAUAUCGUUCCUUUUUUGAGAAGCGAAGUGUACUGGAAAAGACCUAUGAUAAUCUAAAGGAGAUCGCACAUGUAAAUGAUGACAUGAUCCCUGAGAUGCUCAGUCGAGCCAUUACGAUGGAGGAGCUUCAAGAUUUGCAGGAUUAUAUUAACUUUCAGUACUCGGCGCAGCUCAAGGAUAUCGCAGCAAUGAAUGGAGUCGCUAAAGGAAGGAAGCGGCCUAACGCAAAAUCGACCGAUUUUGAGCGUAUCCGCCGGAGCAACGUUUACAAAUUCGUGAAGGCAUUGGGCAUCUCUCCUGAUCAGCUAGCACAAAACGCUCUCCGCGAAGGCCAAAAAGUUAUGUCGAACGACGAACCGAGCUUGCCGAUCGACCUUGCGGAUAGUCUUACCGACAGCGAGUUCCCAACUGGUGACCAGGUCUUGUCCCAGGCGAGGUACAUGUACGCCGAGGAGCUAUUCGUAAGCCCAAGAAUGCGAAAGCACUUCAGACAGGCCUUCUACAUGGGUGGCGAGGUCAGCUGUCAUCGUACGGAGAAGGGGCUUCGGAGAAUCGAUGAUUUGCAUCCAUACUAUGAAAUCAAGUACCUUAUCAAUCAGACUAUCGGCGACCUCGCGCGACGGCCCGAACUGUUUCUAAAGAUGAUGAAAGCCGAAGAGGAAGGUCUGAUUGAGGUAAAGCUUCGACUCCAAAACGAAAAAGACUUCCGACGUCAGCUGCAGGCCGAAUUCAUCUCGGAAGACUACAGCGAGCUCGCAGAUGCGUGGAAUGAGGAACGUAAAAAGGUUCUAGAUCUAGCUUUUAUCAAGCUUGAAAAGGUGAUAGCUAAGGGUGUCAAAAAUUCGCUGCAAACAGCCUGCCAAGAAGAGCUUCUAAAGCUCUGCCGUGAAGAAUAUUCUAAGAGACUUGACCAAGCGCCCUACAAGCCGAAGGGUAUGAUGUUGGGAACAACCCCUCGCGUGCUCGCCUUGUCGAAUGGCAUGGGUGAUCCGAGUCGAGACCCAAUAUUCUGGGUCUGGGUUGAAGAGGACGGACGGGUAAUUGAUCAUGGAAAGUUUGGAAAUCUAGCUCGCGAUGAGACGCAACGUAAGGCCUUCGUCGAUUUGGUCGAGCGAAGAAAACCAGACGUAAUCGGGGUUAGCGGUUUUUCCACCGACACUCAUAGAGUGGUUCGUGAGGUGGAGAGUCUCGUCAACGAGAAAAACCUUCUAGGUCCCGAAUUUAUGGAUCAGAGCACCAAUGAGUACGUUAGCGAACUGCUAGACGUAGUUGUUGUCAAUGACGAAGUCGCGAGACUAUACAAAGACAGUCCUCGAGCACAGGCUGACCACCCGACUUUGAGUUCCAACACACGGUAUUGUGUGGCUUUGGCGAGGUAUCUCCAAAAUCCGAUGAAAGAGUACGCGGCUCUUGGGAAGGACAUUAUGUCUCUAUUAUUCAACCCCUGCCAGCAUCUCCUUCCUGAGGAGAAACUACUAAAACACUUAGAGACAUCAAUGGUAGACAUGGUGAAUCUCUGCGGUGUCGACAUUAACGAAGCUGUCAAUGACGCCUACACAGCCAAUCUACUACCUUAUAUUGCCGGCUUGGGUCCUCGCAAGGCAACAAGCGUUAUCAAGGCCAUCAACAGUAACGGUGGGGUGGUCACCUCGAGAGACGAACUUGUCGGCGAUCCAGAUAACAACAAGUUACCAGUUGUCGGCCCUCGGGUAUGGAAUAACUGUGCUAGUUUUCUUUACAUCGAAUAUGAUGCCACAAAUCCGACGUCAGAGCCACUGGACAACACGCGUGUGCACCCUGAAGAUUAUGAACUUGGUCGCAAGAUGGCAGGAGACGCUCUUGAACUUGACGAAGAAGACGUCAAGGCCGAAAUUGACGAAAACGGAGCCGGCGCCGUUGUACGCAAGCUGUAUAGGGACGACGAGCAGGAUAAGGUUAACGAACUUAUCCUGGAAGAAUAUGCCGAGCAGCUGGAGUCGAGAUACAACCAACGAAAGCGCGCCACAUUGGAGACGAUCAGAGCGGAGCUGCAGGUACCGUACGAAGAGCUUCGUCAUCCUUAUUCCACCUUGAGUUCGGAUCAGAUAUUUACGAUGUUCACGGGCGAAACUAAAGAGUCUCUGGCGGAAGGCAUGAUCGUCCCGGUGAAUUUGCGAGUAGUCAAAGAUGACUUUGCUAUUGCUAAGUUUGACUGUGGUAUCGAAGGCAGGAUUGAGGCGCACGAGGUUGGCGGUUACAAAAGUAACAUGUCCAUCAGGGAUGUGAUCCACGUCAACCAGACCAUCCAAGCCAAGAUCUUGGAUCUCAACCGCAAAGAAUUCCUAGCGAAGCUUACAUUACGCGAAGAUGCGUUGCGGCGACCAUAUAAAAAGCACAAUGAUCAUGAUCGUGGAACUUGGGAUUUCAGACUCGAAGAUGACGAUAAGGAAGCCUUGCGAGAGAAGGACAAAAUCACCGGUCGCACCCAACGAGUCAUUAAGCACCCGCUGUUUAAGCCGUUCAACUCUACACAGGCCGAGGAAUUCCUAGGUUCCCAAUCUUCCGGCGACGUCGUUAUUCGACCAUCCUCGAAAGGGAAUGACCACCUUACGGUCACGUGGAAGGUCGCAGAUGGUGUUUACCAACACAUCGACGUCCUCGAGCUUCAGAAAGAGACCGAGUUCUCCGUCGGAAAAACGCUUCGUAUCGGUGGUAAAUAUACGUACACGGACUUGGAUGAACUGAUCGUGGAUCACGUUAAGGCAAUGGCUAAGAAAGUUGACGAAAUGAUGGGCCACGAAAAGUUCAAGAGCGGUAGCAUUGCCGAUGUUGAAAAAUGGCUGACCACAUACUCGGACGCCAACCCUGCCCGUUCGGUGUACCGGUUCUGCAUCAACCCUAAGCGCGCCGGGUAUUUCUUCCUCUGUUUCAAGGCUAGUAGGAGCUCGCCUAUCAACAUGUGGGACGUGAAAGUGGUACCUCAUGCCUUUGAGAUGAAGCAGAACCAGUACCCACACAUGGUCGCUCUAUGCAACGGCUUCAAGCUCAGGUUUAACAGCGAAAUGACCAAGAUGCAGCAGAUGAGAAGAUGAAUAAAAACCGGAGGCAAGGGGGGUUUCCUUACAAGCUGCAUGUAUUACCAGGGCGUUCUAGUUAGCAGGCUAGGCUUCGUUGAGUUACGAACAUUCUGAUGAUUGCAUUUGACCUCGGAUAGGCGUGUGGUCAAAACAACAGGUACCACUACGAAGGCUUAUUGUCUCGUGGGCCUUGUAGCCGCUAAGGUACCCCUACUUAAUAGACCAGAAAAGUGAAAUAAAUCGGAGAUUUUAUUGAGACG